CUGCAAUUAAACGUCAUUUCAUUCUAUCAGACAGCGGACCUGAUUUCGCGUUGGUUAUUUUGUAUUGAAAUGCAGUGAAUACUAUGUGAUUUUAAACAAAAUUACAGAUAUUUGCAUUAACUACAAGUAAACUAAUUCAAGUAUUUCGUGGUGGGCGGCAUAAAAAAUCCUGAACCAUGCCGCGAAUUAUGAUAAAAGGUGGCGUUUGGCGCAACACCGAGGAUGAAAUCCUUAAGGCGGCGGUGAUGAAAUAUGGUAAAAACCAGUGGUCCCGUAUAGCAUCACUUUUGCACAGAAAAUCUGCCAAACAAUGCAAGGCGCGUUGGUACGAGUGGCUAGAUCCGAGCAUCAAGAAGACAGAAUGGUCUCGCGAGGAAGACGAGAAGCUGCUGCACUUGGCCAAGCUGAUGCCAACACAAUGGAGAACUAUUGCACCCAUCAUUGGGCGCACGGCUGCACAAUGUCUCGAAAGAUACGAGUAUCUGCUGGAUCAAGCACAGAAGAAGGAAGAAGGGGAGGAUAUGGGUGAUGAUCCCCGUAAGCUGAAGCCUGGUGAAAUAGAUCCCAACCCUGAGACUAAGCCUGCCCGUCCUGAUCCCAAAGAUAUGGAUGAAGAUGAACUGGAGAUGCUGUCGGAAGCCAGAGCUCGUCUUGCCAACACUCAGGGUAAGAAGGCCAAGAGGAAGGCUCGUGAGAAGCAGCUGGAAGAAGCAAGAAGACUCGCUGCACUGCAGAAGCGCAGGGAACUAAGCGCUGCUGGUAUUGCUGUGCCUAUUAGGCGCAAGAAGAAGCGUGGUGUAGACUACAACUCGGAGAUACCGUUUGAGAAGAAGCCCGCUUCAGGUUUCUAUGACACAUCCACUGAGGUGGUGGACCCGAUGGCGCCAGACUUCUCACGGCUGCGUCAGCAGCACCUCGAUGGAGAACUGCAUUCAGAGAAGGAAGAGAGGGACAGACGCAAGGAUAAGCAGAAGUUGAAGCAACGCAAAGAGAAUGAUGUGCCGCAAGCGAUGCUGCAAGGCGACCAGCCGGCGCGCAAACGCAGCAAGCUUGUGCUGCCUGAACCACAGGUUACUGAUCAGGAGCUGCAGCAGGUGGUGAAGCUGGGCCGCGCGUCGGAAGCAGCGCGCGAGUCAGCGGGCGGCGCGGGCGCGGCCACGGACGCGCUGCUGGCGGAGUACGCGCUCACGCCCGCCGCGCCCGCCGCGCUGCGCACGCCCGCCAUCCACCAGGACAGAAUCCUAAUGGAAGCUCAGAACGUGAUGGCGCUGACCCACGUAGACACGCCACUGAAGGGAGGACUGAACACUCCUCUACAUCAGACAGACUUCUCCGGAGCUCUGCCGCAAUCACAAGCCGUGGCUACGCCUAACACUGUGCUAAUUACGCCGUUCAGAUCAUCACGCAGCGAGGUGUCGACUCCCGGCAGUUUCAACACUCCCAGUCACGGAGCCGUGCAACCAGGAUUAGCCACACCAGGUCUUCGUGACAAGUUGAGUAUCAACCCAGAAGACAGGCUGUCUACAGGAGACACGCCCCAAGUUGCUAAUCAGUUACAAAAACAGCAAAAGGCAUCAGUUCGCAACGCCCUAUCCUCCCUGCCUACACCGCGCAAUGACUACGAGAUAGUGGUACCGGAUCAGGAUGACGAGCCCAUGGAAAGCUCAGGAUCGGACGCUCAUGUGGAAGACCAGGCCGAUGCUGAUGCCAGGCUGCUGCAGCAACAGGAGGAAUUACGUUUAGCAGCUCUAAAGCUGCGGUCGUCAGCAGUGCAGCGCGGCUGCGUGCGUCCGGGCGAGGUGAACGCGUCGGUGGUGCGCGGGUCGGGCGGCGUGCUGACGCCGCUGCAGCACGCGGAGGAGCUGCUCAAGCAGGAGAUGGUCACCAUGCUGCAUUAUGACGCGCUCAGGGAUCCGCCUCCGGGUGUAGACAAGAAACGAGCGGUACAACUACAGGCAUCACACUUAGCGUACCUGGAACAGCAUCCUUACGAAGAGUUCUCGUCUGAAGAGCUGGAUGCCGCCAAACUAGAGAUGAAGAAGGAAAUGGAAGUCGUGAAGGCGGGCAUGGGUCACGGAGAACUCAGUAUGGAUGCGUACACACAAGUGUGGGAAGAGUGUCUUGCGCAAGUACUCUUCCUACCAGGCCAAAACAGAUAUACUCGUGCCAAUUUAGCAAGUAAGAAAGACAGAUUAGAAUCAGCUGAGAAACGGCUGGAACAGAACAGGAGCCACAUGGCUAAGGAAGCCAAGAAGUGUUCUAAAAUGGAGAAGAAACUUAGGGUUUUGACAGGUGGUUAUCAAAGUAGGGCGGCGUCCCUAAUCAAGCAGUUCCAAGAAUUACAGGACCAGAUAGAACAGGCCAAUUUGGAACUGUCCACAUUCAAAUUCCUUGCUGAACAAGAAAAGGCAGCCAUUCCACGUAGGAUAGAGUCAUUGACUGAGGACGUAAACCGCCAAACGGAACGAGAAAAACAAUUGCAGAAGAGAUACUCAGAGCUUCAAGCCGAAUUAGAGGAUUUACACAAAGGAAGACAGCCUAAAGAAGUCGAAUCGAAACUAGCUGAGGAGUAAUUAUAUUAAGGGAAUAAUUAAAUAAUAAUUAUUUAACAAAUUGAGAUGAUUGAGUGCAAUGAUCGAUAGUUUUGUGAGCAAAUUGUCAUGUCACGAAAUGUUUGUCGUUGUCACUGAAUGUAAAUCAUUAUUUCUAAUAGAACUGAAGUUGAUUAAACCAGUAUCUACCGCUCAACACUUGUCUGUGCAAUCUGAUUGUUAAGAAUAAUAACUGUACUUUAAUUAAGUAGGGUCUUUUCUAACUCAACACAAUCUAUUGAUGUAACUUUUCAAGUUUGAUAUAAUUUGGUCAUAAUAUUUCGGUUGUAAGAUUUAAGAAAAGUAUUUCAGGACAAUAUAUGUGCGGAGUUCUACAAAUUUUACCCGCAUGUGAAAUAGUGCUAUCACUUUAAUUUUGCAAUAGUUUCUGGAAGCGUUUCAUUGAGUUAGAAUAGAACGCCAAAUGCUUGAAACGAAUCGACAUAUUUAUCGUGCCUAUUCACCUGUGUUGAAUAAUGUUGCUAUCGUACUGAUAUUCUCUCGAAUACAACCUUGUAUUUUAUCAUCAUAUCAACUCACUCGCGACAAAUAUGUCUAUUUGAUUCAAAUCUAAACAGGUCAUCGAGUUUGAUUAUUAAAUAAGCAGUAAAAUAUGACAGAAAUGGAAAAUAAAUAUACAUAACUUUAAGAGAGAUAA